CGACGAUUGGAUGACGGCGCACUGCAUCCCAUUCCACAUGAUGAGGAGUAAGGAAUGAGAGGCGAUGGUGGAAGUGUUGAAGAAUGCACCCCCGUCCUUCCAAUAUGCAAGGUUUGAGAAGGCACGAACGACACGGGUCGAAAUCAAGAGGGCGCGGGUUGCAGCGAGGAUGGAGGAACUGAGGAGGGAGUGGCCCAUCACUGGUUGCAUGUUGCAACUGGACGGAUGGACCAACAGGCAGGCCAGGCCACACAUUAACGUGAUGGUCUCUUUCCCUAGGGGCGCCGUGUUUUGGAAGAGUGUCUGCAUGAGCAACCGCGACAAGGGUAUUGCGGCACAUCACUCCAUCUUGAGGAGUGCGAUAGAGGCGAUAGGGGAGGGUGUUGUAGUUGGUGUCAUAGUGGACAAUGCUGCAAUUUGUGCGGCCGCGGGUCGCAUGGUAGAGAGGGAUUACCCACACAUCAACUCUGUGCCUUGCGCAGCUCAUUGCCUCGACCUCAUGUUUGAGGCGUUCUGGAAGAUUCCGUGGGUAGAAGAGGCCUUGCAGCGGGCGUUGGACCUCGCGAAAUUUCUCGGGAACCACGGACGGGUGCACGACUUGUUGCACGAGAAAUCGAAUGGCAAAGUUGUGGCAAGACCAGGUGCAACCCGUUUUGCCACAAACUUCACCACGGUUGACAGCCUGCAGCAGUUGUACCUGCCUCUCCGGUCGUGUGUGACGGACCCAGUGUGGAAAAGCGGGAUCGUGCAACCGGGUCAACGUCACUUGUUGAAGGCGGCGACGGAUUCUAUCCUCGACGACAGUUUCUGGGAUGGCAUAGAAAAAGUGCAGGAGACGUUGAAAGAGUUGCUGGCCCUGUUGAAGUUGGUGGACAUACUUGGUCCAACAAUCAGCAAGGUGUACGGGCGACUCGACGUUGUGGUAGAGAAGUUACGGGCGAGUGAAUUCUUCACCGAUAUCGAGAAAGACAAGCUGGAGGAGAUUGUCAUGCGCCGCUGGAACACAAUGAAUUCGCCGCUGCAUUUUGCGGCGGUGGAGGCUGCGCAGCGAUCUCCUUCGGCUCGAAGCAGAGCUCAACGACUCAUGGAGGAAGACGACGCGGCCUUCCAAGUACCUUGCCAGGCAGCAUCUCCGAGAGAUGCAGCGAAGACCAUAACGGCUGAGCACGUUGAGCAAUAUAGAGCUGCUCGUGCAAAGGUGAUCGAACCUGCCACAAAAACGGUUAAGCGAGGGAGGGGGAGACCGCGGAAAGCCCCAGUGCAGCAAGUUGAUGAUGCAGCAGCCCAGAAGGCAACAAAUGGAGAAGUGGAGGAGGGUGGUGGCAGCGGCACCAAUGGAGAAGCCAUUGCACCAAAACGGGCGAGAUGUGGGCAAGGUAGACCACACAAGUCCCUUAAAAACAUGGAGGAGGAGGAGGCAGCAGUGCGAAUGGCCAGCGGCAGCAGGGGUGGUGACAGUGCCACACGUGAUGCGAGUGAAGAGGAUGGGAGUGAUAGCCCUGUGGAUAGGAAGGACGCAUAUGCAAGCGAGGGCAGUGGUGAUAGCCCUGUGGACAGGGAGGACUCAAGCGUCGACGAAGGAAGUGGUAGUAGCUCAGAGGAAGAGGAUGAGUGUGAUUCUGAAGAUGAACCGCUGGCUGCAAAGGCUACAAAGAAACAUAGAACAUCAAGCUAGAGAGAGAGAGAGAGAGAGAGAGAGAGAGAGAGAGAGAGAGAGAGAGAGAGAGAGAGAGAGAGAGAGAGAGAGAGAUAGAGAGAGAGAGAUGAUUAACGUGAGGUCUGAGAUCCCGUCUCGGAUCCGGUCCUGGCCAGAUGUC